AGUAUGAUUCACUAUCCAGCCCCUCCAUACAUAACGGAAUGUGAAGCCACCGUUAGCUGCAGUUGUCGUUUCGCCGAGAUAUGUGCAUCGAUGUUUGUACAUAACAGCAUGGGAAUCUCGUGCAGUUGGCACUUAACCUCCCGUAGGAAUCAGGUUGUUUGAAUGCUACAGCGCGGAAUUCCCAACACAAGUGGAUGGGAGGUGGCAUCCGCCGAUUCCUUCAACUUUCGGUAAUACCUGAUGAGACCUUAAUCAGAUUUCACGCUUGUAUCUAACGUCUUCUCCUACCCCUCGUAAGACCCCGAGGAUGGCAUGUUUGAAGCUGUUUUUCUGCAAUAAUAACGCAGAUCUAUCCAGAACACACUGCCUAACAUUUUUCGCUGGUUUUGAAAACCGUCCAUCAGAGCAUAAUUCAUCAUAAGCACUCUACUUCCACUUCUUAAUAGUCUUGUGCCGAUUCUAUUACACCGUGCCAAGAGAUAUGGGAAAAGACCCGAGCGAGACGGGAGCACUGCCGCCUCCGGAUGGUGUAAUUCCAAACUUUGUCAAUCCACCCUCUAUUCAUUAUAUCCACGUUGCAGUGGCGAUUGCGGGACUGGCCACAUCAGCAAUCGCAGUAACGGCGCGUACUUAUACAAGAGCGAAGGUCAUAAAAAGGUUUGGUCUGGAUGACUGUUCCCUAUUAAUAUCACUGGCGAUAUUUGCGGCAUAUGUCGCUUUGACCAUUACCACGGGAGAGUACGGACAGGGGGCGCAUCAAUGGGAUGUGACCGUGACUCGUUUCUUCAUGCUUCUCAAGUACAUCAACUAUAUAGAAAUCCUGUAUAGUCCCUUGAUGUUCUUCGCCAAGUUCGUCGUUAUGCGCCAAAUCGAAUCAAUAUUCCUUAAACACAAACGCGAUAGCAUAAGUCACACGUGCCUUAAAAUUCUCAUCUGGACAAACUUGUUUUUUUAUAGCGGCUUGAUGUUGUCAUUCAUUCUCGCCUGCAUCCCUCGCGAGAAGAUCUGGAAUCCGGAGAUACCGGGUCGUUGCAUUGAUAACGACGCAGCUUUGAUCGCCUCCAGUGCGAUCAACAUUCUAUCCGACUUCGCUAUUCUUUUUUUACCGUUAGCUGCUAUUCAUCACCUUCAAGUGGCUAAGAAAUCUAAACUCAAGGUUACUGCCAUCUUCGCAGUUGGAGGCUUUGCCUGCAUAGCAAGUAUAGUUCGCUUCGUUUACACCAUCCAGUUAUCCAAGCAGACAGAUGUUACAUAUGCGAUAGAGCCAUUCGGAUAUUGGACAGAGAUUGAGUACGCUACAGUUGUCCUGGUCGCUUGCUUCCCGACUUUCCCACUUCUGUUUAGACACAUCGCGCAACGCUCUCAAGUACUAUUCUCUUUCAGUGGCACGGCGAGCCAACAGAGGGGCGUUGAGGCACAAACAGGCGCCCAGUCUGAUCACAGCAGUGUGAGGAAACUGCGAGCACCGCCAGCACAAGAUUUAGGUUAUACUCAUAGCCUAGAAUCAUUGUAAUGCAUGUACCAAAUUCUCGGGGUUCAAGGCAGCGGCUAUGCCAUAAGCAGUCAAAUGUUGCGGGGGAGCACCCUAAUUAUCGCAGGUCGAUAUCUAAGACAUAUUGACAUGAGCUCCGUAUUCGAAAAGCGAUAUACGGCCUUUUGACUUGCCCUUCGCACUCAGUAAUGGCGGAAAUGGUACAGGCGAUUGGAUUGAUACUGGUUUUCAUCCCCCGAUUAAGAUCAGAGGUCUAUUUAACGUUCAUAUGUAGUUUUAGGUCAAUAUAUUUACUUUGAUACCCUAA